AUGUUAAGGACAUUGUAUGAAAUAAAGUAUACUUUUCUCGGCAGCUCUGAAGCCGAAUUUAUCAAGGAAGUUGUCAAGGAGGUCAAGAGAGUUAUAGCAGCAAUUGGAUUAGAAGAAAAAGAAGAAAACCAUUUUGGGGGAAAAGGAGAAAGCCUAAGAAUUGCAUUCUCCAUGUGUGUUUGUUUCAGCAUUAUCAUCAAAUGUUUGGACGUAAACAUGAACCAGAGACUCUCCUUCAUGGAGAUUCUCAAGAGAACUGAGAAGAACAAGGAAUCUUUGCCAUCUGAUCAAUGUGGCUUAUCCAAUUCAUAA